GGUGUGGCCGGCCCUUUCUUGUGCCCGGAUCAGGACCAGGGCCGGGACAAGAUGCCUUACUCGGUGGAAACCCCCUAUGGCUUCCUGCUGGACCUGGACUUCCUCAAGUACGUGGACGACAUCGAGAGAGGCCAGACCCUCCGGAAGCUUCCCCUCCCCCGCAAAGGGAAGGGCUCCAAGCCGGCCCAGAGCUUCCCCCGCAGCCAAAUGGGGGGCUGGGCCUCCACCGAGUCCCUGUCCUCCUCUGCCAGCGAGGAUGGGAAGCUGGCCUUCUCCCCGCGGCCCCGAACGGCAUCCUACGGAACCAAGGAGCACGCCGGCAAAGACGGCUGCUCCUUCCCGACGUCUCCUCCGCCGGCCAGCCGGCUUCUCCCUCCAGCUUCCCCCAAUUCGGUGGGUAGAGGCAGCCGGGUGGAGACCACCUUGCUGGAGACCAGCAGGAGGCUGGAGGAGGCACAGCUGGUGACCGGCGAAGGGCCUGCAGCGCCCAAGAGGACGGGCGGCCCUUCGAAAAACAGCACGUGUCCCCCCAACUCUGCGUCCUCUCCGUCCGGGGAGGGCCAAGCUGAGCCUGUGAAGACCAGCCCCCCUAAUUCAGGAAGGAGCACCCCGGUUCCGGCCGCGAGCCCCGCACACCUCCAUCACGUCCGCGAGCAGAUGGCCGCUGCUCUCAAGCAGCUGAAGGAGCUGGAGGAGCAGGUGAAGAUGAUCCCCCUCCUGGAGGAGCAGAUCUGCCGGCUGAAGCAGGAGAAGGAGCAGCUGGUGGCGGCUGGCUUGGGGGAGAAGGGGGAGGCCGAAGCUGAGGAGUCGGGGGUCUUCUGCUUCCCCCCAAGACAAGGCCUCAAAGAUGGGCCUGCUUGUCCGGACCCAGGAGGGCCCCAGCCUGAGAGGGAGGGAGAGGCGACCAAAGGAAGGACAAGUAAGAUUGCAGAGCUGAAGAAACUGACCGAGCGGCUGACCGGGCCAGAGAGGGCCGGGAAGAGCAGAGGAGCGGGCCGGCCCUCAAGAGUGGAGCAGCCCGGCCAGAGGUCCAUCGGAGUCGGAGAGGAGGCGGACAUGAGUGAAGUGGUUUGCUACUACCGGAGCCAAAGACCCUGCCGGGAAGUGGCUGUUGGGUGCGAGAGGGAGACGUGCGACGCAGAGGUGUGGGUGAUGGAGUCCUUCCUUGGGGUUUCGUCGGCUGCAGAGGAAGAGAUGCAGCUGGUGCAGCAGAGAGUCCAGCACCAGCAGGCCAUCAUCACCAUGCUGGAGGGGCACCUCAAGGAGGCCACCCAGGAACUGGAGGAGUUGAGGGUGGAGGUUUGCUCCCGUAGGCCGGGCAGCCUGGUCAGCCAAGCUACCUCGGCCUGCCCGGAGAUGGCUGAAGCCUGCGUGGAGGCCGUGACGCCCACCCGGUGCCAGGCUGUGGGCAGCCACGUCGAAACGGUGGAGGCUGGCGUCCAGAGCUUUCUGCAAACGUCCCACGUAGGAGUCGGUUGCAACUUGCAAGGAGAACUGAACGGAGAAGCAAAGGCCACCGAGGAGGACUCGCCACGGAAAGCAUCCCCGAUCCCCCUGGGGACGGAGCACGGGGGCCACAAAGGGCACCUCAGAUCCACAGUGGCAACGCCCGAUGCCGGCACAGCUGAGGAGGGGUCCGGCUCAGAAGAUGCCAGGCAGUCCACCAGUGGCAAGGAAGGGACCGCACAGGAUGAACCAGAUACUGGCCGAGCUUUGCCCCUGGGGAUGGGUGGCAAGGGCAGCCGUGAGCCCAACGGGGCAGAGGGGGCCUCGGGGACUGGUGCUCUGAAGUCCAUAAUGAAGCGGCUGGACAGCCCGGCCAAGGCAGAGCCGGGGGUCAGUGGGAAGAAGACCCUCCAGUUUGUGGGCCUCCUGAAUGGCGAGUAUGAGAGCACCUCUAGUGAGGAGGACUCCUUCAACGAGACCGUUGGCGGCUUGGAGGGCGAUGCUGCUGCCAGCCCGGAUGUCAGCGACAGCAGCGAGGAGGAGGAGGAGGAGGAAGGCAGCCCGGGCACAGAGGAGGCACCACCAGGGCACCCACAGCUGAGCCCUGACCCUGAAGAUGCGGCCGGACAGGGAGGAGCAACUCCCAAGGUCAAAGAGAGGUUUGAGCUGAGCCCGUGGAUGAGAGAAGCCUGCUUGGUGGUGAGGGCCCACCUGGGCCAUGGCAGAGGGGCCCCGAAGAGCAAAGAGCUGGGAGCCCCGGAACGGAAACACCUCCUGCGAGGCGGGACAGGCGAGGGGCGCGCAUUGACCUCUGCUCCGCUUGGCGCCCAGCUUUCCAGCAGCAGCCUGGUCCUGCGGGAAUGGUUCCGGGUGUCCAGCCAGAAGAGUUCCCGGGCCAGCAAGGUGGCCAAGUACCUGCAGGCCCUGGACGAGCUCUCCCCGGCACUCCUGGCGCACGUCCUCAACCUCUCCGACGGCAACGGGAACAUGGCGCUCCACUACAGCGUCUCCCACUCCAACUUCGACAUCGUCCGGCUCCUCCUCGACACAGGUGUCUGCAACGUCAACCACCAGAAUAAAGCAGGCUACACGGCCCUCAUGUUGGCUGCGCUGGCAACCAUGGAGCGGCAGGACGACAUGGCCGUAGUCCGGCGCCUCUUCGACCUGGGCAACGUCAACGCCAAGGCCAGUCAGGCCGGGCAGACGGCGCUGAUGCUGGCGGUCAGCCACGGGAGGCAAGAGAUGGUGCAGGCCCUCCUGGCGUGCGGGGCAGACGCCAACCUGCAGGACGAGGAGGGCUCCACCGCGCUCAUGUGCGCCUGUGAGCACGGCCGGGCGGAAACCGUGCGGCUGCUUCUGGCGCAGCCGGCCUGCGACACCUCCAUCGCAGAUCAUGACGGCAACGACGCUGUGGCCAUAGCCUUGGAGGCCGGACACGACAACCUCGCGGCUCUGAUAUCUGCCCACCUCACACAGUCCGCAGACAGGACGGGAGCGUGACACUAUCCGGCUGCAACCCCAGGCGGCUUUGGCCCUUGAACUGUCCCGCCUGCAGCUGGCUGGAAGGACCCGCAACCAAAGAGAAAGCGCAUCAUUCCAGGAAACGCUUCCUGCACCGCUAUCAACCUCUCCGGGCACGUGCUCCGGCGAGCGCUUGGGAUCCCUGUGGGGUGAAGCUCACCCUGGGGCCGGCUUCACUAAUUCGGGCCGCCCACCUGGUCAACCUGACUGGGGCCUCAGUUCCACCAACAAGGGAAAAGCCAUCAGGGAAAAGCAGUGACCCGGUUUUAUCGUGCAAAAUUCUUGCUCUGCGCACAUGGAGAGAAGUUGGACAGUGGAGGCUGGUGCCCAAGGCCUCUUCCCCAAGCAAGCAAGGGGGGGGAAGGCAUUCACCAGCCAAAUCUCCAACUGUAAUCCAAACUGGGUGGAGUGCUCCAUGGGGACUAGAAACUUACCUAUCCCAAUUUUUAUCUUGCUAGAAUAAAAUCC